CUUUAGAUCCGGUGAUCAUCGGCCCAAAACCGAUUCUAGUCCUGCCCCAGAACAUAAUGCAUCAUGAUGAAUCCCAGUGACACGUGUUUCUCCAUCCCCGUGAAUUGCGACUCCCAACAGUGCGACGAAAGCGAAGCUGAGUCAGAUAAAUCCCGGUGCUCCUCCAGACUUCAUCUCGGCACCCUCCGCCCUUCCUGCGUCUGAUGGUGGACGUGGAGGUGGGUGGGAUGCCUGUUCUGAUGAGUGCCCUGGCAUCUGGUCCCAGGAGCGAUCAUUCCCCACCGCCUUCCACAACCAUUAACGCCAAGAGACUGAAGAUGGAGGCCAGCGAUGAAUUGAUCAUUGACCAUGUGGGACUGAAUCCGUCACAACCCCGACUCCUCACUGAAGCUCAUCUAUCCUCAGGGAAUUCCUCAGUGUCGUCGCCGGUGAACGCAGUCGCAAACCCCGCGACGCCAGGUUCCUUCGCCGGCAUCAACGCGCCGGCGAACUCCAUCAUCCUCUUUCAGUCCGGAUUACUUCCUGCUGCCUCUCCUCUCGGGGGGCAGAGCGACUGGGCGCCCAGUUACCGGUUGGCAGAUAAGGAUGAUCCCAAGUCCACCCUCGGUAUGCAGGUGGAGCUUUGCGUCGUAUGUGGAGACAGGGCUUCUGGAAGGCACUACGGUGCCAUCAGUUGCGAGGGAUGCAAAGGGUUCUUCAAACGCAGCAUCCGGAAGCAGUUGGCUUACGUCUGUCGAGGGAAGAAGGACUGCGAAGUGACGAAGCACCACCGGAAUCGAUGCCAGUUCUGUCGGCUUCAAAAGUGCCUUGCUAUGGGCAUGCGGUGUGAUGCUCGGGCUGUUUCAGCUGUGCAGUCGGAGCGGCGACCCAUUGGGAUGGAGCCGCAGAGGGGGAUGGUCCUCGGGUCGACGUCUGGGGGGUCCCUGGGCCUCGGGAACGGGAACAGCAAGAUCUACAUCCGGAGGGAGUAUGGGAGCGGGAGCGACUCUGGGGGCACGGAUCAGCUCAGCAUCAACUUCCAGGAGAGGAUGAACACGCUCCUGGAGGCAGGGCUUAUGAACAGCAGUCACAAACCGCCAUUGAUGACGUCAGUGCAUGCCAGCAGUGCAAGAGAGAGACCCAUGGCCAGUGAGAGUCCAAAGUCCAUGAAUGGAGACAUUUCAUCCCUUCCCAAUACAAUUGUCACUCCUGUGAAGGAGAGAGCUCUAGAAACGAUGAAUCGCUUGAUCUCAACGGGGGAUUUUGACAAGUCGGAUGACGGGGACGAAGACGGCGACAGUGACGGGGAAGUCUCUGUGAGUUUGGAGGAGCAACUGCUGAGUGAUGAAAGUGUGGUCUUCAGGCUCACGACUCCCUCACCGGUCCCGUCUCACCUCAAUGUCCAUUACAUCUGUGAGACUGCAUCUCGCCUCCUGUUCUUGUCCAUCCAUUGGGCAAAAACAAUCCCCCUCUUCCAAGCUCUCUCCCAAGAGACCCGUGAAGCCCUGAUCCGAGGCUGUUGGUCAGAACUCUUCACUUUGGGCAUGGCUCAGUGUCAUGAUGUGAUGGGGUUGAAGAAGAUCCUCUCCACCAUCAUCACACAUCUUCAACUUGCACUUAAUCAUGAUUCUAUACCUGUCCAGAAGAUAAACCAGGUGGCCGAGCACAUAGCCCGAAUCAGGGAGCUUGUGACGAGCAUGGUUCGGAUGGAGGUUGAUGCGAAGGAGUUCGCCUGUCUCAAAGCCAUUCUCCUCUUCAGCCCUGAUCUUCCCAGCAUUGGGAAUCGAAAGGUGGUGGAAAGGGCUCAAGAGAAGGCCCUGGAAGAGCUGCGCAAUCAUGUGAAGGAGAAGGUAAAUGAGGAGGGGGGGGAAGACAGGAUGAGUCGACUCCUCCUGCGUCUUCCUGCUCUCAAGAGCCUCCAGGCCUCUCUCAAUGAGGAGCUCUUCUUUGCUGGACUCAUUGGGAAUGUCCAGAUUCACUCAGUUAUCCCGUACAUCCUCAAAAUGGAGGACAGUUUGCUCUGUGACAUUCAAUGUGUUGACAUUGUGACAUUGUCUUUUGGGAUGUUUCAGAAUCAGAAGGCAUGA